UUAUACAGUAUUUUAAAAUUACGCAAGAAAAGGAAGAAGAAACGCUUAUGGGUGCGAAAAUUUCUGUCUAAACGUGAUAAAGUUUCCCAUACCACGACAAUUUUGCCCGAAUUAGAGGCGGAUGAUUUUCGGAACUAUCUUCGUAUGGACGAAGAUACAUAUACCCAUCUUUUAAGUCUUGUAUCCGCGAGGAUUCAAAAAUGUGACACUCAAUUGAGAAAAGCGAUCACUGCACAUGAGAGACUGACGGCAACGUUGAGGUUUUUGGCGACAGGGAGGAAUUACACAGACUUAAAGUUUACGUGUGGAAUCUCUCAGCCAUCCCUCAGCAUUAUUAUACCAGAAACCUGUGAAGCAAUAUGUUCUGUCCUACUCAAGGAUGUUAUAAAGUUCCCAAAAACUACUGAAGAAUGGGCUUCGGUUGCCUCAUUAUACGAAGACAGGUGGAACUUUCCCAACUGCCUUGGAUCAAUUGAUGGCAAGCAUGUUCGUAUCACACCUCCUAAAAACAGUGGUGCUUUCUACAGAAAUUAUAAGGGCUACGACAGUUUAGUCCUUCUAGCUGUUGUAGAUGCGGACUAUAAAUUUUUGAUGGUAGAUUUUGGCACAAAUGGACGCGUUUCGGAUGGAGGCGUUAUUGAAAACACCAAAUUUUAUAAAAAACUUAUCGACGGAAAACUCAACCUUCCAAAUUGCAGACGAGUUGGUAAUCGGGACUUGAAGUAUGUAUUUGUGGGAGAUGAAGCAUUCGCGUUGAAAAGUAAUUUCAUGAAGCCAUUUAAUGUGAGAGAACUGUCAACUGAAAAGCGAAUCUACAAUUACCGAUUGUCUCGAGCACGACGAGUAGUGGAGAAUGUGUUUGAUCUGGAUGUCAGUAUUUACCUAGAGAUGCUAUCUAUUCAGAGGAUACUGAAAACGGAACAACACGAACAGGACUGGUGGCAGAUGACUCCAACCUCGCCAAUUUACAAUCAGGACCAAAUAGAAAUCCUUCAACUGAAGCAAAAGAAGUUAGAGACAAUUUUGUUCAAUACUUCAACAACGAAGGUGCUGUUCAUUUUCAAAAUAAGUUUACCUGAUUACCAGCUGAUUUCAAAAUAA